GGUGUUUCCACUGUUCAUCCCUGUAAGGCGUUGUUCCCCCAUUCAGGUUCGUGUUCGACAUGGCCCACGACUACAAGGUCAUUGUUCUGUCCAGUCAUGGACCAGCAUGAGAGUCACCAUUGCGCCUCUUGGGGACGCGGACUAGUAUGUCUGCAAUUCGGCCAUGCGUCGUACCAACUUACCUUCUCCUCAAAGCAACUACGAAGCACAGCGUUGUUUGCCCAAGGUAGAGAACGAUGCUGUUCCCCGACGACAUCUUUAAGACGGCCUACUUCCCGCCCAUCCGCGUUGCCGUGGCCGCGGAUCACCGAAACAUUGAGCGCAUCACUCCACGAUGCGAAAUAUGUCUGGGUUCCAUGCACAUCUGUGACACGCCCACGAAGGAGGACCCGGACAUGUGUGUCGGCCCGGCUGGCCUGCUCGCGUGCGGGCACUUUUUCGGAGAGAAGUGUAUAGACGACUGGCUCGACUCGGGGGCCACGAGCUGUCCCAUGUGCCGCACCUCCCUCGUUCUCCCUGGGACGGACUAUGUGAACCCGCCUUGUCCCAUCUCCAGCCCGAGGGAUCUCCUCGACACGUACAUCCCCUCGACUCUACCGGAACGCGGCCAACUGUCCGCGGACCCAGCUGAGCUGUACAACGCGCAUAUCCGGCGCGUCGCCCAGAUGGUCGCGCGGGAGAUCAGCCCCCCGCUGCUCCAGAAGCUGGGCAGCGCCAUCGCCAUCAGCCUCCACUUGCCCUGGGGCGGGCAGUGCUAUGACUUUGGGGUGCGCUUCCACGCCGACCGGGCGUAUCCGCGCGACCCGAUGCUGAUGGACGUGCACAAGCUCGAGGACGCGUGGGGUCUGCGCCCCUGGUUCCUCCCGGACGAUCUUAGCUUGCUCGAGCUCGAGGACCGCAUCCUUAUGCACACGGCACGGCAAGCCUGGGAUAAGGGGCGUUGGGGGCCGUGCGAGAUACACAUGUACGUUGGCUUUGUGCAUGUACCGACGGACGAGCAGCAGGCGCAGAUCAUGUGGGAUCUGCGGACGCUGGAUCCGGACGGGGUGACGAGCGAACAGGAGCGCGUCGCGUAGGCCGCGGCGGCGCGAAGGGGUGUUCGUCCGCCGGAUGAUGUUGUUGACGAGCUGCUGUUUGAUGGAUUGGGCCCAGGGGGUUGGGUUUGAGUUUAUGGGGGCGUUGCCUUGUCUUGCUUUCUUGUCCAAGGUGCGUGUAUGGGUUCUCUUUGGCAUUGUCGCUCAGAUCUAGUCAUCACCAUUUCUUGUUUGUCACAAUCGUCAAUAUUACUAGCCUCAUCUUCAAUGACUUACAGUAACUUGGAGGCCAGCCGAUAUCGGGCUGACGGGUGGUGAGAACGUCCGGACUCUGUGAUUUAUAAUAAACCCCGCCUCCGGUCGUCAGCAGGAACUGAAGACGUUGGAAAGACAU